AAUUUUAAGAAAUAUAGGGACGAUGCCAGACUCUAGUCUAUUCAACCCCGUAUUUAACUUGUUUAACAUAUUCUGAUUUGAUAAGUAUUAAUCGAUUCAUACAAAUAAAAAUGAAGUAGGUAAUCACUGAGCGCUAUCGAUGAUACUAAAAUUCAAAAGCAUCGAUAAAAGUAAACAUCAUUGGACACGCAUAAUCAAGUUAUUAUUUAUGCAAUAUACAUAUUUUGUGAACGUUUUGUAACCGGCGAAAUGCAGCGAAUUUUAUAUAAAACUCGUAAAUAUUGCACAAUUCUAAAGGAAGUGAGUAAAAAUCAAAAAUUUGACAACCCGAAGGAAAAGAAGUUGAAUUUUUCGGAACUAAAAUUUCCGUCGAAAGUUCCAAGUGAACCAAUAAAACAAAGUUUUCCAACAGAUGAAAAACCUGUAAUAGAUAACACAACUAUACAACUCCUUGAGCGUCUGGCUUUAGUUAAUUUAGAAAGUAAAGAAGCUUUGACUGCAUUGGAAAAAAGUAUAGAAUUUGCGGAGAAAAUUUCACACAUCGACACAACCAACGUAUUGCCACUAUAUACUGUCUUGGAGGAUCAAAACCUAUAUUUACGCGAAGAUUCUGUAACAGAAGGAAACUGCAGAGAAGAUAUUCUACGUAGUGCAACAGUUACUGAGGAGGAUUAUUUCGUCUGUCCACCCGGCAAUAUUCCACUACAACAAAAAGAAAAAGAUUUUACUGAUAAUUAAACGCGCCGAAUAUGAAGCAGUUGAAACAAGUUAUUGAGGCUUUACAUUCAUCUCAUUAUUUAAGUGCCUCAAUUGACGCUAAUGGGUCGUUAAACACCUGCAAGUUGUUAGAAAAUGGUAUUAAAUAUAGUGAACAACUGUUAGUCCAUUGGCGCAGGACACAUUCAUUAAAUAAGGAAGUAAACAAUAAUUUCACGAAUGUCAUUGAAGACAAUGGCUCAGUUGAUACUGAUAAUAGAUUUAAUUUUAUAUUUUCGAAACAACUUCAUGACGGAAUUAGGUAUUUAUGUAGUAAAUCGACAAAUCAACAAUAUCCAGCAAUUUGGAAAACUGUACAAAACGUACAUGUUAACAAUUUAAAUAAGGUUGAUGUUUCUACAACGAAAAAUCGCACAUACUUGAUCACAGAUUACUUAACUCAUCCGGCCAAAGGUGUUACUGAUUUUUUCAAAGCUCAACGUGAAUGCAAAAUCUGGUGGAUGCGCUUUAGUACCGAUCCCAGCAAAUACUAUUUAGAUCCAUAUAAAUUUAGUGACAUUUCGGAGUCAAUGUUACCUCCUGGCACCCAAUCGAUUACAAUUAGAUCAAAAUUACCCUAUGUUACGCUAGAUGUGGAGUCAAUAACCUUAGUUCCUCUAUUAAAAUCGCAGCUGAAGGAAAAACCAAAUGCAAUUUUAUCGAAUAAUACCGGUGGUCUAGAUAUCGCACCCGCCGUUAUACGUUCAGUUAUUGAUCUGCAGGCUGCAACAAGUGCCGUUCUCUUCGAUAGCGUUGAUAACGAAUAUGAAAACACUUUGUUGCUCAAUAGAAAAUUAGCGCCUUAUCAAUGUGUCGUAGCUUGCUAUCAUCAAGGUAACAAAUUGAACGAAUUGAAAGAUCUGUGUUUGCAUAUAAAUAAUGUGCUGUCGGGGUCCGGUCUACGUUUGAAACAAGAAAAUAUGAUUUUUACCGAAUGUUACGAUAAAUUGGAUGAUGAACUUUAUAAAUGUGAUAGCUUAGGUAUACCAUAUGCAGUGAUCAUCAACGAAAGUUCCCUUCAGAAUGGCCUAUUAAAACUACGUAGUCGUGAUACCACCUUAGAGGAAACGAUACAUAUUAGCGAUUUGCCAACUUAUUUAUUACAAAUAUUUUCAAACUAAAUAAUCAAAAACAAAAACAAAAUAAUUAUAUAAAAAUCAUUAAUUAAAAUCGCUCAAGUACUGGCGCACAUUAAACCCUACUACUUGACUUAUGCAUAUAACAAAAUCCAGUCCGACUGUACACUGCAAACGCGACGUACCAUCCAUUACAUUUUCGCCCGAAACAAAACUAAGUAGUUUAAGAUUGACUAAUGUUGAAACUUGUGAAAGCAAGUUACAAGUUAAACCAACUUUCUCCUCAAGUAUUGCAUAAAAUAUGGCUAAAAGGCGGUCAACACUGAAUGAUUUUGGCCCAAUAUAAGUAUUCAUUUUCUCUGUUACCUGGUAAAAUGGAAAUAUAAAAUGUUUAGUAGUUCGCACAUCAACAAUUUAA